CAGCUGAUCUGGGACCGGCCAUCACUAAGCGUCAGUAGAAGGUGGAAGGAUAAAGUGUGUUUAGGUAAAGGCGAAUAAAGACAGCACUUUUAGAAGUUAGCUUUGUUUUAUUAUUAGAUUUUAUUUUAUUAUUAAUACCAGAUCCGUGUUUAAUGGAGUUGCAUUAAAAAGGACAGAUAGCAGAAACAGCGCCGGACAAGAAGAAGUCGUGGAUAUCAUAAGAGACGACAGAAGGAAUAAUAACUUUUCUUUGGAGCGAUCGGAAGUGAGAGUGUCUGGACAAGAUGGCAUCAGCGAGUGACCCCCGGCAGACGCAGGUGCAGAAGGAUGCGGCUGACCAGAACUUUGACUACAUGUUUAAACUACUUAUCAUUGGUAACAGCAGCGUAGGAAAGACCAGCUUCCUGUUCCGCUAUGCAGAUGACUCGUUCACCUCAGCAUUCGUCAGCACCGUUGGCAUCGACUUCAAAGUCAAAACUGUGUACCGCAAUGAGAAACGCAUCAAACUCCAGAUCUGGGACACUGCAGGUCAGGAGAGAUAUCGUACCAUCACCACAGCCUACUACAGAGGAGCCAUGGGCUUCCUGCUGAUGUAUGACAUCACCAACCAGGAGUCUUUCUAUGCUGUACAGGACUGGGCAACUCAGAUUAAGACAUACUCGUGGGACAAUGCUCAAGUUAUUCUGGUCGGAAACAAAUGCGACCUGGAGGACGACAGGCUGGUGGCCACGGAAGAUGGACAGAGACUAGCUAAUGAGUUAGGAUUCCAGUUCUUUGAGGCGAGUGCAAAAGACAACAUCAAUGUAAAGCAGGUUUUCGAGCGGCUUGUUGAUAUCAUCUGUGACAAGAUGAACGAGAGCAUGGAUGGACAGCCAAGCCCGCUGGCCAAUCACAAAGGACCCAGCCUAGAGGACACGCCCCCUACCAGCCAGAAUGGCUGCUCAUGUUAAUGAUUGCCCUCACACAUACACACGCAUACUCACAUAGAUGACAUGCACAUAUACCUAGCCACAAUUAGUACGCACACACACACACACACACACACACACACACACACACAGCUGUACACUACAAAGACUGGUAUCCCAGUGGUUCUCACCUGGACUUACCUCAGGUCCAAUAUUUGUCCUUAUUUCAAGUCUCAAACCAAAUGCAAAUUUUAAAUCCUUCUAAUUUAUUGCACAUUAUGAAUUCUGCAGUAAAAGGCUGUACUCCUUAUGCUCUAAAACAGGAGACAAAUUGAAAUAUACCAAGAUUUAUGAAGCUAAGAUUAAAAUUUGACCCAGAAAUACUAGAACACUCCAUUUCUAAAGAUUAGUACAUAGUGCUAAUAUCUUAAUAUUCAUAUAGUUAACAACAUCAUUUGCCUUGGCAUUACUACUACGACUACUAAUAAUAAUAAUAUUAUAAUAAGAAGAACAAUACUAAUAAUAAUAUUGUCAUCAGGCUUAAUUAAUCUGUCAUUACUAUGCUGUUGGGUCCUAAUAAUCAUUUCUGUACUAAUACAAAAGCUGUUCCUGGGAGCUAGGCAGGCUUCAUACUUUUAUUUUCUAAUUUUAAAGAUGCAGUCAAUGAUUUUGAGAGAACUUAGUGAAGCUGGGUGUUUUAGAACUCACUACAUGUAAACGAACACAACCCCUCCCUUCGGUGAUCACACUAAAGCCACAUGCCUAAUGCAAUAAAUACGCGGAGGCUUUCUGAAUUGAAUAAACGAGAGCGUAUUAAAUAUUAAUGUCCCACAUGAUUUUUGUUGUUGUUGUUGUUGUUGUUUUUUGUCUUUUUGUUUAUAGGCUGGAGUUCCACAGAGACCUCAGUUUCUCCUUCUCAGUAUUUUGUUUUUACAGAGAUCUUCCGAGAUGUCUUUAAAAAGAAUGACGCCCAAAUAUCCAGAUUUGCUGUUAAAAUAAUAAUAAUAAUAAUAAUAAUAAUAAUAAUAAUAAGACACUUAAUAUUGUGAUGCUUAGGUUUGGAGGCCAUGUUGUGAAAACAGCAGUGUCUACAGGUGUGCUUUUUUAAUUCAGGUAAAUACAUUUCUAAUACAAGUCAGAUAUUAAUAAAUAUCAUGUCUCUGUUUUGAGAUGUAAACAUAAAUCCUAUGAUGUUCUUCUCAAACUUGCCUGCUUGCAACCCACCAGUUGAGAACCACUGAGCCGACAGAGACCAGUUAGGCAACCAUGCUCCAUACAUCCAUGGAGAGUGUUCUUCAGGCUACAGCGUUUCAAAAGUUGCAAGAAAUUAAAGAUUUCAAAACCAAAGAUUCAUGUGAAUGUAUUUUACACCUCGCUGAUGAUAAACUGAAUCAAGCAUAUUAGAUUUCUUUUUCCCCCUCUCAAUGUUUAUUGGUUAUUUUUUAUUUUUAUUAAAUUAGACCACGGGGUCAUAUCCGAUUUAGACGAUUAGACUUCCUAAGAUCAGAUGUCCAAGAAAUUUCACCUUUCUGUCAUUUCAGACAGCUCAUACUGUAGUGUUAAGGUUUUUUACGCCUCCUUGUGGACAGUACAUGUAACUGCUGUGUAUCUCUGAUUUAGAGUUGUGAAAGCUCAAAUCUAUAGGAGGUUGAAACAUACAAACUUUCUCAAGCUUAUCUUAUUCGUUGUAAUUAAGUGAAGAAGUGAUAUUAGGGUAGGUUGGUACGUAUAGAGAAAAACACGCGAAGCUCUGUGUGUGAUCUGCUGGAAAACUUUAUAAAGCUGUGUAUAUGCUGUUAUAUAAGUUGUUUUAAUUGUUGCUAAGUAUUGACUGUGUGUCUCUCAUAAAGGGCUUUUCAAUGCAGAAUACUAUACUGUUAUCUGAAAUCAAGCACCUAAUCAUAUUCCAAUCAAACAUUUUUUCCCCCAUAUUGAUUAAUAAAUGAAGUUUCACAUGGAAAAAAAAAGAAGAUGUGAUUAGAAAUCACAAGAUUCUGAACUAUUUCUGAAAAAGCCAUGAGACGUGGAGUUGCACAUCAGAAGCGGAAUGGUUUCUACAUUCAUUUUUCACACUCUGGGCAGUUCAGCAAACACAUGACAGUAAAUUUCACACAUCAUUGCUACAGCAUGUGGUCAUUUAGCAUUUCAUUGCACUUUGGUUGUAUUUUAAAUCAUCAGACCUUUUUUUCCGCUGUGCCAGAUAACGUUUAUUACAUACAUGAUAAGCAAAUUUAUUGCACUGUAUCCUAAAAAUAAACAAGUGACAGAUUAAAGUGUUUUACGUACAA